CUAGGCCUGUUGGGAGCACUGGCAGCCCAGCGCCUGCGCUGUCGGCCGCGCCGCUGUUCCGCACGUUGGGGAACGCCUGAGCCACUGCGGAGGCCCCCGAGCCGGCGAGUUCCCUCUGCGGUUACGUCCGCGGCUUGGCGCUCCAGGCCGAGAAGGGCCAGACAUUGACGGAGCACCUGCUGUGUGCCAGGCUCGGCGCAGAGCUGCCGGGGUACCACGCUGGGAGACCUCAAGAUGCUUCAAAGCCUUAUUAAAAAUGUUUGGGUCCCCAUGAGGCCCUACUAUACCCAAGUUUACCAGGAGAUUUGGGUAGGAAUGGGGCUGAUGGGCUCCAUCAUUUAUAAAAUCAGGGCUGCUGAUAAAAGAAGUAAAGCUUCGAAAGCUUCGAGUCCUGCCCCCGCCCACGGUCACCAUUAGCCAGCUUUCCUCGGAGCACACGUGAGACCGACCAUCUGGCUGUAAAUCCCGGCAGCUCUGUUAGAUGGGGGCGUGGAGCACCGCCGUACGCGUGUAGACGUGUUGUUUCCUUUGUGGCGUGAAUAAAUGGAACUGUGAGGUG